GUGUGUCCUUGAAGAAUCGACUAGACCACAGAACAAAACAGCGAUAAUGUAACCAUUUCUCUGGAUGUGACCACUAGGUAUUUGUUUUCGUGCUAUAAUAAUGUCCUUUUUGGUCUGCGGGUUUUGUCGAUUACUGUGGUUACCACGUGCAUGUGUUCUCAAUCAAUUAUCAGCAAGAUUACGAGGACCACGACGAGUUCGUAAACAGCUUUCUGGAUUUCAUUGGGUUCGUGUGUUUGGGAGCAUUGUGGUUGUGUACGUGUCAACGAUUUAAGUGCCAGUGUAACGUUUAACAAGCCAAUCCAAUAGUUCAAAGUUAUCAAGCGCCCGUAGGUCAACUCCUACAGCAACAAUGAAGAGCAUAGUGGAGCCAACGAUAGUGACCAUUUCACCUGUGUUGCGGCUACAUAAGUACAAAGAGGAUGCCAAUACUCCAUUAGUAUUACUCAUGCCAUGGGCUACAGCCACCGAGAGAGCUCUAGAUCGGUUCCGUACACUCUACGCACAGCAGGGUUUCAAUGUCUUAACAGCAUACGCUCUACAUCCUAAAUUCUUCUUGUGGCCUCCGACUUCUGCCCCGGUCGUAGCUGAAAUAUCCAACUAUUUAAUCACAAAGACUGACGCAUCGCCAAUUGUUGUUCAUGCUUUAUCCAUUGGUGCUUAUGUCUACUCGUUGCUGCUAGCCCGUGUUAUCGAACACGACCAGGAAUUCAAAGAGCUGCAACCGAGAAUUUACGGCCAAGUCUUCGACAGCAUGGUCCUUGGUACGAGGAAGGAACAGCGCACAUCCCUGUCUGAUGUAAUUACUAAAUCAUGGAUCCUCCAAAAGUUGAUGUCAAACACCUUCUCGCUAUACUUUUUCCUCACUCACAGUUACACAUUGUCACAAUAUGAGAGACUCCAUGACAUUUUCUGGAACAACCCUUUUAAGACGUCCGUUUAUUGCAUAUACUCCUCUCAGGAUCCCAUGUGUAAGACAGAAUCCAUGGAGGAAUUCAUCGACUUGUGGAAGGUCCGCACUGGUAACCUGCCUCACUUUAAACAAUUUGACGGUUCCCAUCACGCCGAGUGCCUUCGUAACUUUCCGGAAGAGUACGAAGAUUGCUUGGUAAAAUAUCUCAACACUUUAAACCUUGAUAAGGUUACAUCAAUGUCAAACCUCUAGAAGAGCUAGAUCACUUGGCGCAGCUCAAAGCGAAACCCAACUUGCCCGUGAUGCAAAGAUGUCUGGAGCUAUAACAGUAGUCAGUCUUAACUUGUAGGCCUACAAUAGUUUUUACUCGUCAUGUCAAAAGUUGAAGAAACAUUGGCAAAAUGUUAUGCGUUCGAGCUUCACUUAGCAUGCUUGCACUUUGUGUCUGUCAGACAGAAGUUCAUGGCCAUGUUCCUCGGUUGAGAAGUUCUGAUGACAUGAUUAUAAUAUGCGGAUAAACUCCCCUGUUUUGUUUUAAAGUCACCUGGAAAUAGAUUUAUUUUCUUUCAAACAUAAGAGUAUAUGCUUACGA